UCCUCUUCUGUCAUCAAUGCACUGCAGUACAAAUUAGAGGGCACCUCAAGUUUGACGAGGAAAAGAGGGUUGAAGUUAGCCACAGCUUUGUCUCUGAAUAACAAAUUUGUGGAAGGCAAUCACGACAGUACUAUUAGCUUAACAAAGAAAAACAUGGAAGCAUCAGUGACAACAACCGCAAAAGUCCACAUUCCAAUUUUGAGAAUGAAUUUCAAGCAAGAACUUAGUGGAAACACCAAGUCAAAGCCUACUAUCUCUUCAUCCAUUGAAUUAAAGUAUGAUUUUAAUUCCCCCAAGCUGUAUUCCACAGCUACAGGAGCAGUUGACCACAAACUCAACUUAGAAAGCCUCACCUCUUACUUUUCCAUUGAGUCAUCUACCAAAGGAGAUAUCAAGGGUCUGGUCCUUUCACGGGAAUAUUCAGGAACUGUUGCCAGUGAAGCCAGCACUUACUUGAAUUCCAAGAGUACUCGGUCUUCAGUGAAGCUGCAAGGGGCUUCCAAAGUUGAUGGUGUCUGGAACCUUGAAAUAAAAGAAAAUUUUGCUGGAGAAGCCACUCUCCAACGAAUCUAUGCCAUCUGGGAACACAAUACGAAAAACCACUUACAGCCAGAGGGCUUCUUUUUAACAUCCAAAGAACAUACAGGCAAAGUUACCCUGGAACUCUCCCCAUGGAAAAUAUCAGCCCUUGUUCAGGUCCAUGCAAAACAGCCCCAUGGCAUCCUUGAUAUCAAUUACCUUGGCCAGGAGGUAUCCCUGAAUGCUAACACUGAGAACCAGCAAGUCAUCUGGAAGAGUGAGGUCCAUGUUCAUUCUGGGUCUCUCGAAAACAAUGUACAGCUUUCCAAUGACCAAAAAGAAGCACGCCUUGACAUUGCAGGUUCCUUAGAAGGAUCCCUAUGGUUCCUCAAAGAUAUUGUCCUACCAGUUUAUGACAAGAGCUUAUGGGACCUUCUAAAGCUGGAUGUAACCACCAGCAUUGAUAAAAAACAGUAUCUUAAUGCUUCCACUACCCUUGUGUACACCAAAAAUCCCCAUGGCUAUACUUAUACUCUCCCUGUGCAAGAAUUAGCUGAUAAAUUCAUUAUUCCCUUACUGAAACUAAAUAUUCUAAAUUCAGUUCUUGUCACACCUACGUUCCACGUUCCAUUUACAGAUCUUCAGAUUCCAUCCUACACACUUGAUUACACACACCUCAACAUACCAACACUACCCAAAGUGAAAUUCCCUGAAGUUGAUGUGUUAACAAAAUAUUCUGAACCUGAGGACUCCCCAAUUCCUUUUUUUGAGAUAACUGUGCCUAAAUCUCAAUUAACUGUGUCCCAGUUCACCCUUCCAAAACGAAUUUCAGUUGGCACUACUGCUUUGGAUCUAAACAAGGUGGCCAGCAAGAUUGCAGACUUUGAGUUGCCAACCAUCACCGUGCCUGAGCAGACUAUUGAGAUUCCCUCCAUUAAGUUCUCUGUACCUGCUGGAAUUUUCAUUCCCUCCUUUGGAGCACUGACUACACAUUUCAGGGUGGCCUCUCCCCUGUAUAAUGCCACUUGGAGUGCUGGUUUGAAAAACAAAGAAGAUCAAGUUGAAACAUUCCUGAAUUCCAUGUGCAGCUCAACCAUUCAGUUCCUACAAUAUGACCUGAAAGGUAAGGAAAUGUCCCCACUCUCCUCUCCAGAUAAAACACUCAACAUGUUCAAAAGUGAGUCGAGGUACGAGGAACCUGAUGAGAAAGUUCAGAUCAAAGUUAACUGGGAAGAAGCAGCAGCAUCCGAAUUGCUAAACGCACUUAAAGACCACGUGCCCAAGGCCGCAGGGGCCCUUUAUGACUAUGUCAACAAGUGCCACCAGGAGCACACAGGCCUUGAUCUGAGAGAGGCUUCUUUAAAACUGAAAAGAAGUCUGCAGAACAGCGCCGAGGAGGCCUAUCAAGGGGCUGUGAGGCGGAUUGAUGAGGUGGACUUGGCGCUCCAAAGGGUAGCCAGAAACACAGCUGGAACCUACCAGCAGUGGAAGGACAAGGCCCAGAGCCUCUACCAGGAACUGUUAGUUCGGGAGGGCCAAGUUAAUUUCCAGAAACUCCAAAAUAAAGUAUUUGACAGCUUAAUAAGACUUAUUGAGGAGUACAAAGUGAUAGUCAAUCAUCUGAUGGACUCGUUCAUUCAUUACAUGAAGUACACCAGAUCGCAGCUCCCAGGAAUUGCCGGUACGUACACUAGAGAUGAACUCUGCUCUAUGGCUUUGAAGGAAGUGGGGAAGCUACUGUUCCAGGUACAUUCAAAAAUCCACAGUGGGCUGGAAGUACUGUUUUCCUAUUUGCAAGACUUAAUGGAGAAAUCUGAAUUCAUCAGGAUCCUAAAGAUUGAAUUUCCUUUUGAUCCAAGCAGCCAUAAACUAAUAGAUGUAAUCUUGGAGUAUGGGGAACUGUUGAAAUUCUUAUCACAACAGAUCCAAGACGCCCUUAAUGACCUCCAGUCUAUCAAGACCACAGAGAUGCUAAGAGAUCUUCAGGACAUUUUAGAAGGCAUUUUUGAAAGUAUAAAAGAAGGAAUUACACACUUAAAGGAGAAGAAUCUUACUUACAUCAUUAAUGAUAUCCAAUAUGAAAUCAACACAAUCUUUCAUGACUAUAUUCCAUUUGUUUUUGAAUUCCUAAAAGAAAGCCUAUACCUUAACUUUGGUAAGUUUAAUGAACAUGUUCAAAACAAAUUUCAAGAAGCCUCUCAAGAGUUACAGCAGCUCCAGGAGUUCAUAAAGAUUCUUCACAAAGAAUAUAUUGAUCGAAGUGUGGCCAGCUGGACAGUGAAAUAUUAUGAGCUUAAAGAAAAGAUCAUCAACCUCAUUAAGAGCCUCGUAGAUGUUCUUAAGGACUUCAAUUCAAAAUACACUGUAGGUGUUGCUGGAUUUUAUUCCCAACUCUCAAGUCAAGCUGAGCAAUUUGUGCAGAAAGAUAUCCAGGAAUACCUUAGUAUCCUUGCCAAUGCAGGUGGCAAA